UGCAGUCCUUGUUUGUGUUCCUGUAACCCGAGCACCGAAUCCUCAGCAGUCAGGCCCCCCUCCACCUGCACACACUGCUGCACUGUAGCCAUCUGUCAGUGCAUUGGUAACAGUGGACUAUGCACAACUCUGUAUCAGUAUAUCCAGCCUGGCAGAAGUUUCUUUCCGUGUAGAUCCCUGUCUCAGCACUCUUGCAUGAAUCUUCUACACCCCAAGCUCAGCAGCCAGUACUGUUGCUUGGUACACACCCCAUACACCAAUCCUUGAGGGCCAAAGAUGGCAGCUAAGGUCCACAAGCAACCGGCUCUAAGGGAUACAGAGAAAAGUGAAGCCCAGGACUCUAUGGUCCAGAAGGCCCAGGUACACAAAACACAAGAACAGUGCUGCAACAAGGAGAAUGACCAGCAGGGAUCCUCAAGGAAAGACAUUGAGGCCCCAGUGCCAAGCGUCAACCCCUGGACCAGGAAGGGCAACGUAACCUCUGUGCAUGGUGCUCCUGGGCAUGCAGACUCGCCAUGCACUGCAAAGAUUGUAAGAGCUGCAAAACCUGUGUCUAAAAAGGCUAGUGACUUCAGUGACAUCACUAACUGGCCAACACCGAGUGAAACUGCCAACCAUGUGUGCCAACCAAACCUUCUAAAUCCCCCCAACAAAAACUCCCUUUCUAAAAAGGAGACAAAAGGUGACCAUAACCCUGAAAGCAAAGAGAAUUGCGAGGUUGUCAGGCCUGGCCAAAGCGAGGAUGCCACCACAGCGCCUGCAAAGAAAAAGAUUGUUAAACAAAAAUGGGUCCCUUUACACUUGGAGGAUAAGAAGCCCAAUACACCCGAAACUGUCUCUCAGACAGAUACUUCAUCUGAAACAAAUACUAUUAAAAACGUCAGACGAGGGCACCACAUGCAUGGAUGGCAGCGCGAUAGAAAGAGUGAUCUAGAUGAGGUCUCGAGCACAAGAAGUGACUAUAGCGGUAUCCGGGAAAACUCGAGAGGACGAGGAAGAGGAAGCCGGGGAAGAGGCAGAGGAAGAGGGCACUCUUAUUUUCAGCAUGGUGUCCGUAAGGCAAAUGGGCCCUUCCAGUCGGAGUUGGCUAAUAACCGCACAAGUAUGAUGUAUUUCUAUGAUUAUGGAACUGGCGUGCAGAUCUAUCCCUUGGAAGAAAAGCUGCUGAAGGAAUACCUGAAACGUCAGAUUGAAUAUUAUUUUAGUUUUGAAAAUUUGGAAAGGGAUUUUUAUCUAAGAAGAAAAAUGGAUGCACACGGUUUUUUGCCUCUCUCCUUGAUAGCAGACUUUCGCCGGGUGCAAUCUCUGACCACCGAUAUCAGUCUGAUUUGUGAGUCUUUGAAGGACAGUGCAGAGGUAGAACUGGUGGACCAGAAAAUAAGGAAAAAGGUGGAUCCAGAAAAAUGGCCUAUUCCAUCUACUCCAACUCAAGAAGUGAAACGAACCGACUUCACCCGGCUCAUCGACUGUCCUGAGUUUGUACCUGGAAAGCAGCAGACAUACCACACAGGAUCUGCUCCUAAUUCUCCUAGGAAAGGAAGUCCUCUCUUUCCAGAAAGAAGUUCAGAGCACAGCAACCUGCAGACAAUGGCAAAAGGUUUAUCUGCAAGUCUACCAGAUCUGGAUUUUGAACCAUGGAUUGAAGUAAAGAGAAGACACAAAGUCUCUCCCACAAAGCCAAAGGAAGUAGAGAGCUGUCCAGUCCCUCCAAAACAACAAGCCACUGUAGAAGUAGAGCAAGAAGAGCUGGACUUUAUGUUUGAUGAGGAGAUAGAACACCUAGAGGGACGCAAAAACAACUUCACAGACUGGUCUGAUGAAGACUCCGAUUACGAGAUUGAUGAUCAAGACUUGAAUAAAAUCCUUAUCGUUACCCAGACCCCACCUUACCUUAAGAAACAUCCAAGUGGAGACCGUACAGGAAAUCACACCUCACGAGCUAAAAUUACAUCCGACCUAGCCAAAGCCAUUAAUGAUGGGCUGUACUAUUAUGAGCAGGACCUAUGGACAGCAGAAAGUAAUAUAGAUCACCUAGCAUUGAAGCAAGAAAUAGAAAACUUCCGGAAAUUGAAUCUCAUCAGUAAAGAAGAGUUUGACAGUCUUGCACCAGAACUGCCAGUUCAAUCAGAUACCGAACAGUCCCCACCUAAUAUUCCCACUUUUCCUCAAGGUAACAUAUGAUAGAACUUUAAGCUGAUUGGAUUUGUUCUGUAAACCUCAAAACCGAAUCUUGAUUGUCCUUCUCUACCCACAGGUAUUCCAGAAUCGCCGGUAUCCGUACCUGCUAGAACUCCCAAAACUCCCCGUACUCCACGCCUGCAGGAUCCCACCAAGAUGCCACGCUUUUACGCGGUGGUAAAGGAAGCCAAAUCUAUUGAUAACCAGACGCCAAGAAAGAAAAAAACCCGACACAGUUCAAAUCCACCUGUGGAAAGUCAUGUUGGGUGGGUAAUGGAUGUCAGGGAGCACAGAUCGCGGACUUCAUCAGUAAGCAGUUCUAAUGCUUCUCCUUCAGAAGGCACCCCACUUGUAGGAAGCUAUGGGUGCACUCCUCAUUCUCUACCCAAGUUUCAACACCCUUCUCAUGAGCUCUUAAAGGAAAAUGGAUUUACACAGCAAGUGUACCACAAAUAUCGGCGACGGUGCUUAAAUGAGCGAAAAAGAUUGGGAGUCGGUCAGUCCCCAGAGAUGAACACACUGUUCCGCUUCUGGUCCUUUUUCCUCAGAGAUCACUUUAACAAGAAAAUGUAUGAGGAGUUUAGGCAGAUCUCCAUCGACGAUGCCAAAGAAAACUACAGGUAUGGCCUGGAGUGCUUGUUUAGGUUCUACAGCUAUGGGCUGGAAAGGAAGUUUAGGCCAGACCUAUUUAAGGAUUUUCAAGAAGAAACUCUGAAAGAUUAUGAAACCGGUCAGCUGUACGGACUGGAGAAAUUCUGGGCCUUUCUUAAAUAUUCCCAAUCCAAAAGCCUGUCUGUAGAUCCCACUCUGAAGAACCAUCUGAGCAAGUUCAAGAGACUGGAAGACUUCAGAGUUGAUCCUCCAAUUGCAGAAGAGUCAGGACGGCGCAGACCAUCUUAUUCAGGACAAGAUGACACCACCCGCCGUAGGCACCGUUCCGGCUCCUCCAAGGCCAGUUAUACCACUAAACAAUCAGCUGCCAGCCACUCUCAGGGCUCCUCGGAUACUUCUCUCCACCACCCAGGACAGUAAUGUCAUCUCCAAUAAUCAUGGUUACUUAAGAAAUUGGACUUUGGGUUUUAUGGCCAAACCAGCAGAUUGGUGUGCAGUAUUAGAAGCAGCUGGUGGAGCUUUGAUCAUUGCAUGGUUUAUAUAGACGCUCUGAUGUUUUAAAGGGAUUUUGAUGUAUCGGUUUCUGGGAGAGAGAAGGUAGCAUUAUUUUAGAAAGGUACAUGGUAGUGUUCAUAAUGUGCAUUCCUAAUCAAUAUGCAAGCGAUGGGAUGCCUUAUCUUCAACUAGUGCUCAAAAGCCAUUUUUAAAGUAGCCAUAAUAGUGCUUUGGUCUCCUGGGCUAGUUAAG